AUGUCCCAAGCAUACUACCCCUAUCAGCCGCCUCCACCGUCUGCACUGCCCACAUCCUUCAACUCUGUCGACUCCUCCUACUACACAAUGUUGCCUCAUGCUCAUGGAUAUUACGCCGCACCUCUCCCACCCCCCACGGCCCUCCCUCAACAACAACCCGGAGCCUCUGUUGUUGUCACACAAGAGGUAUCAAAGCUAUGGGUCGGUAAUCUGCCCUCGGACACACAGGAGGAUGCUCUGCGAACGUUCUUCUCAAAGCAUGGCACCGUGGAGUCGAUACGAGUCGAUGGCAGAUGCGCAUUCAUCAAGUACACAGAGCAUGAUGACGCUGAGAAUGCCAUCAGGCUCACCAAUGGCAGUCUUUUCGCGGGCAACAAGAUCAAGACCAAUUGGGCAAGCAUCAAGACCACCAUAUCAUCCAAACACACUCAACCUCCACUUUUGCCGCUGUCUCCUCCUCCCUCAGCGCCACUCUCUCCAACACAAACCUCCACUGUCAUCACCUCCAUCAACUCAUCAUCAAUCGAACAUAUUGAUCCAAACACAGACAUCAACAGUACAAUCUAUAGAAGAGAGGGAGCAUCUGAGCCAUAUCAUUCAACACCUGGCGCCAACCUAUAA